UCCAGCUCUACGGUUGCAUAUAUUUUGUCGGUUGGAUGUGUAUUCCAGCCAAAAUUUUUAAGUGGAAUUUAGAAAUAUAUACGAUCUGAUCUGCACCGCAAACGAGUGCGACGUGUUGCAACUGUAAUUGCCAAUCAAGUGCUAAGUUUUUUUCCGGUCGAGGCACGUUACCGCUCAAAAAAUCUGCGUCGAUCGGAUGUCGAGUGAAGAAGCAUCGAGCGCGAAGCACAUUUUUGCGAGGACGAAACAAUUGCCAAUUGAAAGCGCUUAAAACAGCAAGGAAAUGUUCACGAAUCGAAAAGAAGUGGACGAGCAUGUCCACAAAUUGUUGGCAAAACUGCCGGCGGGAAAUGAGCGUGAUAUCAAGGGAUUGACGAUAGCCAGAAUGUAUCAUAAGGUACAGGAGUAUACCAAGGUCAUUGAAUACCUGAACAGCUAUCUCAGGAUCAAGGACGAACCAGUGGCUCACAAUUUGAUUGGUAACAGCUACAGUAAGCUGAAGACUCCUGAAGUGCAAAAGGCGCUGCAGCAUUACCAACGCUCCAUGCAACUUAAUCCACGGCAGAAGGAGAUCGUCUUGGAUGCCUGCGAACUGUUAUUGCUGGAAAACAACGCCUUUACCAUCGAGCGCGCGAAGUACUGGCUUAAUUUGGCUGGUGACCUUGAUUUGAGCGACCACGAAAAGAUCUUCGCCCUUCGAAUAAAGGCAACUCUCAAGGAAAAAAAGGGUGGAGAAGAUGGCAGCGGUGUUGGAGACGAUGAUGACAACACCCUGGAGGUGCUGAUGCAAAAGGAGCUACAAGCGCGACCGCAUGAUGUGAGUGUACGCGUGCGACUUGUACGAGGAUAUGUUGAGAAGAAGAAGUUGGAUCAGGCCUUCAACUAUGCUUUCAAGGCUGAACUGGAGGCCAAGGGCUGUAUGAGUCUGUCGAGCGAAUGGUACGAAAUAGUCUGGGUGGUGCUCACGAAGAUGGAAAUGGCCAAGGACAUAAAGAAGAACUCGCGUUUUUGGCAGCUGGCGCUCCACACCCUCGAUCGCCUUAUGCAACUCAGCCUAGAAGCCAGCAGUGGACUAAUAGAAAGCACCAGUCAGUUGUUCCGACUUGAUCAAUACCUUCAGAAGUUUAGCCAAUCACUUGAUUCUUUGACCGAUGUCCCACGAGAACUCCAUCAAUCCUGUGCUGAUCACUACACCGGCCAGUUGUUACUACACGCUGCAACGCUGAUAUUUAAACGUGAGCUACUGGGAAACAAGAACAAGUGGAUGAGCACGCUGCGCUCCACACUGCCGGUUUUGCUCCUUGGUUACCAAGUGCGACCGCUCGAAGACUCACACGUACACCAUUGGAUGAAGCACUGUGAUGCUGAGCAAAAACAGCUGAUGCAGCUGUGGCGUCAACAAGGCGCUUUUCGUUGCGCUCAGCUGGGUCGCACUCUUUUGGGAUGCUUAGACCGCUCACGAACGAAAAAUGAGAGUCAGAAAGAGAAUAACAACUUUAAUGAAAAUCAAGUAACCGCACAGGCUUUGCCCGGAUUAUUUGUCGACUCGGAAGACUUGUUGUCUAGCGCUCACCAACAGUGUCUGGACAAAAACUGGCGGCGUCAACUUUACCAGCAGCUUUUUACCCAUACUGAACAUAAACUAAAGGAUCAGUCAUCUCAUUUGGUGCGCAAUCAGCGCCUGCAGCUGCCUGUUUUUGAGUGGCCCGAUUUGGCGGAGAUAGAGAUAUGCGAGCAAAAGGCACUGCUCCUGCCACCACAGACCUUGGCCCAGCAUGUCUACUUGGCGCUGGGCACCGAACCCGACCGGCUAGGAGAAGCACCACGCGUGCUCUAUUACGAGGGAUAUCGGAGGGAUAUAAAGAAGAAUUUCAACUUUUGCGGACCUGAUUCCAUAACCCAGUUGGAUAUCGACCUCUACCUCUACGCCACGGUUAUUCAAACGCAACGACGAUUGCAGAUCCAGCGGGAAGGGUACGACACUUUAAAUUUUGGAAAUCGCAAUGCCGCUGCCCGGCCGCUUAUUAUGCCAUUUGCCAAUUUGGUAAGUCAACUAACCACUUCAGAGCAAAGCAUUUGGUGGGAUAUUGUUUUGCGGCUGCACAAAAACCAGCUGACCAGUGAAGGAAAUCGCGUGGAGCAACGUGUUCAGCUCCAGGCUGGAUUGGAGGCGGUACGGGCAGUAAAUGGACCUAAAGCAGAUAGCAUCAUCAUUUUCCAGUUGGGAAAGAUCUUAGAAUCACGCGCGGACCAUCUUGCUCUGGAGGAACGCAUUGAAAAUCUCUACAGGCUAGGAUUUUCAAUGAUACGUCGUCAAUACACACAGCAGCUCGAACCUUUUGUGCGUAUCUUUAGGUACGGAUCGGCCAACUCAACGAUAGCCAGUAAGGACCUUGAAUCACUCGCCGAAAACGCUGUGUCUUAUUUCAGCACAAAGAUGUUCAAGGCGGGUCUGUAUGAACAGUUUAUAGAAGAGGUUCGUGGACUUAACCUACCCAUGGCCCUUUAUCUGCAAUCGGAGGCAUAUCGCCAUCUUGAGACUUCUGGAAAGGCGUCUCGAGUCUCCCGGUCUCGUUUCUCGGAGCGAAGACAGGAGUGCCUGCAGCAGUCGCAACAGAUUCUUGGUAAUGAUGUCAAACACCCUCUUAGCUUUACUAUCCAACAAGAGCUACGAAAUUGCCAGCAAAACCGAAGUGGUCAGGGUCUUGAUGAUAGCUUCGCUAGCCCAGAUGUGCACAAUAAUUCUUCCACCUACGAGGAUGCCGAAGAUGACUUUUAUUCGGGCGCUACCUUAUCUGCUAACCGGUCACGUCGGCAGUUGCAACCCGCUCCAGUCACACCCAUUGUUUUGGCACAAACAAGUCAAGAGAUGGAACAAACUGUAAAGCAGAUCAGCAAGUCUCUGUGUGUGCUUAAGGACGAUGUAAGUGUUGGAAUGGAAGCUAUGCGACAGGAAAUCAAAACGCUUGCAGAGAAAUUCACUGGACUGGAGGAGUUGCUCAAGAAGAUUAAGAUCACCAGUAGAGAAACACCGACACGUGAUGUGGAUCCUGCAGCUGCUUUAGGACUGGAUGAUUUGUUUAUCAUUGAGGAUGCGCUAGCGGAACACCAGCAACAACAACAGCAGCAUCACAAUCAAGCUGCUGUGCAUCAAGUGGUUACAAAUCCUUAUAGUGGGCCUACUCCAGGUUUCUACAAUGGCCUACCAAACACGCCGAAUGCUCCGGAUCGCUUUCUGCCAGGACCCUAUGGCAGUCCUAUGUUUAACCAAAACCAAAUGUAUAAUUACUACGCAGCUCAGGCACAAGCUCAAGCACAAGCCCAGUUCUUGCGGACUCCUCCAGCUCCAGGAUCGAUUCCACCUCCCAAUAUGUUUGGUCCACGUAAUCCAAACUUUGGACUACCCAGUAUGUUUCCACCGCCGACAGGUUCUACAGUAGCACCUUACAUGGACGCCUUGGGAAACUUUACUCAGCCUCCUCCAAGUCUAAUACCGCCGCCUGCACAGCCAGUUCCAGGUCCGACUCCUCUUAAUCUGCUCGAGUCAAAGCCAGCACUCUCUACUCCCGCUUUCUUUAACACGCCAACAGGCCUUGCAGUUCCACCCAUUCAAGUGCCGCAAUCCAAGCCAUUAGGAGUUCCAUCCACGACCAUUCCCGGUGCUAUUCCGGUUCCUGGACCACUCGCGGCAUCUGUAAAUCCUGUAGUACCAACCUCUGUUCCUGCCCCUAUUCAAAUACCCCAAGUGGUUCCUUCUGUGCCUGCCCCCGCUUCUGUUAGUGUUCCAGCAAUGUUUAACCGAGCCUUGAAUAACCAGCCAGUAGAAAAGGAACCACCGGCCAAUGUUGUUAUAACCAGUUCAGAUCCGUUGCCAAAGCCAACUAGUGCCAGUGUUCAGCCUACUUUAAGUGUGACCAUUCCAGCACAGCAUAUCAAGCCUAGUUUGGUGCAGGUUCCGGAACAGCAGACACAGACACAGUCACAACCACCGGUUUCAGCGGCGGGAACUCUCAGCUUUAACUUUGGAACAAAGACCUCCGAAAGUCCUUUCUCUUUCAAGUCGCAGGUGGCUAAAGCAGCAGCCGAAAAACAGAAGGAACAGGAGGCAGCUGAGCUAAACCAAAGUGGAGCUAGUGAACCCAACAAAAGUCUGCUAGCAGACACAUCUGCGGAUGAUUACGACCCCCGUCCUGAUUUCCAGCCCAUCAUCCCAUUGCCAGAUGAAGUGGAAGUUCGCACUGGCGAGGAGAACGAGGAGGUCAAGUUUAGCAGCCGAGCCAAGCUUUUCCGAUUCGUUAGCAAUGAGUGGAAGGAGCGUGGAACUGGGCUAAUUAAGAUACUGUGCGACGCAUCGACUGGCUUGUCGCGUGUUCUGAUGCGUCGCGAUCAAACCCACAAGGUGUGUGCCAAUCAUAAGAUAUUGGCUGACAUGAGUCUAAAUUUUGCCAGUCAAGACAAGGGAAAGAAAUCAUUCUUGUGGGCAGCAAAUGAUUUUGCAGAUGAGCAAGUCACGUUGGAGAAAUUCCUGGUGCGUUUUAAAACAGCAGAAACGGCUGAGGAGUUCAGGGUGGCCUUUACAAAUGCCAUUGAGGCGGCUAAGUCAGAAAAGCUUGCGAAGCCGUUUGAGAAACCAUCGGAGCUACCUGCAGACCUUCCGAAGGAAGCGGUUGCAACGUCUUCUGCCGCAUUUAGUUUACCUAAGACCUUUGUGACUAGCACGCCAGCACCCACCUCACUAUCCAGCAAACCUAAGGAGCACACGAAACCUCAAUCUGAUCCGGUUCCAGCGGUGCAAGCAACAGUGGCUAAGUCGCUGUUUGGAGCCAUUUCUGCCGUCAAUGCUGUUCCUGCAACAUCAGCACCCUCAGCUCCGGCUCCAUUUGCCAACUUUAGCUUCACGGGAAACGGAACAACAUCAGGAUUCGGCAUUGCAUCCACAGCAUCUCCUUUUGGAAACCUCUCCUUCGGUAGCAACUCUGCGGCAGGCAGUACCAACAACACCACACUUUUUACUACGGCUACGAUCAAGGACAGCACAGUUCAAAGCCAGACGCCACAAAAGCAGCAAAUAAAUAAAUCAGUCGCCUCGGACGCUGAAGAGGAGUACGUGCCCACAGCGCAGUUUGCUCCGGUUAUUGCUUUACCUGAACUGGUCGAAGUGGUCACUGGGGAAGAGAACGAGGAAGUGCUAUUUGAACACCGCGCAAAGCUUUUGCGUUGGGAUAAAGCUGGAAAUGAAUGGAAAGAGCGGGGUCUUGGAAAUAUGAAGCUCCUGCGCAAUCGUUCUGAUCCCAACCAGGUACGCUUGCUAAUGCGGCGCGAUCAGGUACAUAAGCUGUGCUGCAAUCAGCGUCUGCUGCCCGAGACCAAGUUCACUCCCGCAUUGAACAUUAAAGCGGCAGUCACAUGGGCGGGUCAGGACUAUUCCGAAGAGGAGCUGACCACUGCAUUGCUAGCUGUGCGAUUCAAGUCGCCGGAGAUCUGUCAGGACUUCACGGAUGCUGUGCAAAAGGCUCAACAAAGUAUGGGAAAAGAAACAAAAAAACCUGAUGUUGCUCCUUCUAGCACUGGAGAAAAAAAUAAGGAAAAUGAGAAGCCCGUAAAGGGCUUUGGUGAUGCUUUCAAGCCUAAGGCAGGUAGCUGGAACUGUCAGGCCUGUUAUACGAGUAACGGCCAGGACCAGCUUUACUGCCUGGCCUGCCAGGAGCCUAAAGAUGCCACUGUGCCACCCAAGCAAUCGGGACUGGACCAAGGCAACGCAUUAAACCUUACCACUGGUUCUACCGGCACGUUUUCCUUUGGCUUUGCACCAGCAUCUCUUCCUGGCACAGGUGGAUUUAGCUUUGGAGGAGUUACACAACCCAAGGAAAUUGCAGUGGUCGCACCUGUGACCGCCUCUGCUUCAGCUCCUGCUUCAGUUCCCACCUCAGUUCCUCCAUCUCAAGACCCAGCUAUUGGAUUAGGGAAGACUGGAUUCGGAGACGCCUUCAAGCCCAAAGUCGGUAGCUGGUCGUGUUCCGCUUGCUAUGUAAACAAUCCAGGAGAGUCUCUUUACUGCAGCGCAUGUGAAACUCCCAAGGAUGAUACUGUGCCGAAGAAGGAGAAUACCCUAGGAUCAGGACUUACUCUGCCCGCUACCACAAAGUUUAACUUUGGUUUUGGAGCUCCUGCAGCUAGUAAUAAGGACCAGGAUGCCGACGCGGGCAAUAAGGGCAGCAAUGUGUUUGGAUCCGCCUCCUUUAACUUCGCCGCUCCGUCAAUUGGGGCAUCUUUAAAACCAGCUGGCUCAAUUGGAUCCGGCAGCUUCUCCUUUUCUAUGCCCACCCAACAACAGGCCAAAACUCCAGCGGCAAAUGAGGGCGAUGAUAACGAUUCUCACGAGGAAGAGGAGGAGAACAAUGCUUAUUUUGCACCAGUGAUUCCAUUACCCGAUAAAAUCGAUGUGAAAACGGGAGAGGAGGACGAAGAACUGCUGUAUGUGCACAGGGCUAAACUAUAUCGCCUCACUGAGGGCGAAUGGAAAGAGCGUGGCUUGGGCGACUUAAAGAUUCUUCGCCACAAACAGACUAAAAAGCUUCGCGUAGUGAUGCGUCGGGAUCAGGUGUUCAAGAUCUGCCUCAACCAUGUGCUCAACUCAAAUGUAGUGUACAAGCCAAAGACCGAAACAUCGUGGAUGUUUGCUGUCCACGAUUUUAGCGAGGGCCAGAGUGUCCUUGAGCGGUUCACUUUGCGCUUUAAAACAGCGGAAAUGGCCCAAGGUUUUAAUAAUGCUGUGAAAAGUGCCCUUGAUGGCACUGCUCAGGCAAUAGAAGAUUCAACGUCCAGCCACGCCGUUACUCCCCUUAAAGCAGAAACCAGCGAAGCAAAUAAUACAUCAGAUAAUCUGCUCCAGGACCAUGCAGGGGAGGACAAAUGCCGAGGUUGUGAUCCGGAAAAGUUCGAGUAUGGCAAAACCUCGUCUGUAAGCACCUCUUCCAACGAUGUAAUUCCACCACUACCAAUGACCCUCCCCAUCCUAACUCUUCCUAAGCCAUCGACUACGGCAAAAAAAUCAUCAACACCUUCCUCAGUAGUAUUUAAAGCCAGUUCGCUGGGCACAACCAACUCUUUGUUUUCCGGCUCCAGCAAUAUAUCCGUGUCGAAUGAAAACAAGCCGCCCAGUUCGGCAUUCCUAUUUGGUAGCGCGGAUAAAUCUGAGACCGGAAAAACUGCCACACCCAUAGCCAAUCUACAAAAAUCGAUCUCGAGUGGAGGUCAGGGCAAUGUGCUGGGAUCUAUUUUUGGCAGCGGUUUCUCAAACCAAAAUUCGCUUGAGGAUUCAUCUAAAUCCAUUUUUGGAGGUGGGAACAAAAAGGAAGAGCAAUCGUCUAUUUUCGGAGGUGCCAAAGUGGACUCCCAGUCAACAGCCAGUCAAGAGGCUCCAAAGGCAAUAUUCGGCGGCUUCAGUGCUCCCACUUUCGGAGACUCAAAGCCUUUUGGAUUUAAAGUCGAGUCUCAGUCAACGGAUGGUAAGGAAGCGCCAAAUUUAUUAUUUGGCGGUACCUCAAACAUUUUUGGAGGCUCCAACGCGUUCGGAAGCCCCAAAGCUGAGACUCAGCCCACAGCCAACAAAGAAGCAACUAAGUCUAUCUUUGGUGGUAGCUCCAUAUUUGGGGGCGCACCAGCAGGAGGCUUUGUGUUUGGCAGUGAAACCGGACAAAAAGAUGCCAUAGUCCCUAUUUUUGAUUUCGGCAAACAGGUAACCUCGGAUAAGAAGAAAGAGGAGGCAACAAAAACCUCCGGUAUUGGUGAAGGCAGCAAGGAAGAAAAAUCUGUGACCAGUUCUUUUGCCGGUUUAGCAAACCAAACUGGCAGCACAUUUGCUGAUAUAGCUAGUAAACCGGGUCCAACAUUCGCCGAUUUUGCUAGCAAAGCGAGUAUUGACUUUGCCAAUGUGUCGGCCAACAGCCAAGGCACCCCCGUGGGAUUCAACAAGUCCGCCAAUAUCGAAUACUAUAACCUGAAGAACCAGGACGAUUUCAAAAACUUUCAAUCUUCGUCGAAGACAGGCAAAAAUGAAUCCGCCACUGCAGAUGGUGGCGAUGAUGAUGGCGAUGGCGCUAACGAUGACAACUACGAUCCGCAUUAUGAUCCCAUUGUAGAGCUGCCGGAUGAAAUAGUGGUCACCACGGGAGAAGAGAACGAGACUAAGCUGUUCGGCGAGCGAGCGAGACUUUAUCGAUAUGAUCCCGAGACAAAACAGUGGAAGGAGCGAGGCGUCGGCGAGAUUAAGGUGCUGGAGCAUCCGGAGCUACAGACUUUCCGACUAGUCAUGCGGCAGGAGCAGAUCCACAAACUGGUGCUAAACAUGAAUAUCUCCGCCUCUCUACAGAUGGAUUACAUGAACGAACAAAAGAAAAGCUUUCUCUGGGCCGGCUACAACUAUGCUGUGGACGCGGAGGGCAAGGUGGGCACCGAAGGCGUGCUGGAACGCCUCGCCUGUCGAUUUGGUAAGGAGGAAACUGCCAAUGCGUUUCUUAGUACGGUAAACUCGUGUGUAGACCGUGCCAAGGCCUUGCAAAGCGAAGACGAUGAGAACGACGAGGAAGAGGAACAGGACGGCACAUAAAAAACUGGAUCUAAAUAUAUGUAGAAUGUUUACGAUUGUGUUUAUAAGAUAGUCUUUCAACAAAAAAGUAUGGAAAAUUGUUAAAAAUUCGCACUUUUCCAAAUAAUAAAACUUUGAUAACCCUUAA